AUGCCAAGGUGGGGGCUGUGGGCUGCAGCCUCCCUGACCCUCCUCUCUGUCCAGGCCUUUCCACAAACAGACAUCAGCAUCAGCCCAGCCCUGCCAGAGCUGCCCCAGGCCUCCCUGUGUCCCCUGUUCUGGAUGGAGUUCAAGGGCCACUGCUAUAGAUUCUUCCCUCUCAACAAGACCUGGGCGGAGGCUGACCUCUACUGUUCUGAGUUCUCCGUGGGCAGGAAGUCCGCCAAGUUAGCCUCCAUCCACAGCUGGGAAGAAAAUGUCUUUGUGUACGACCUCGUGAACAGCUGUGUCCCUGGCAUCCCCGCUGACAUCUGGACAGGCCUUCACGAUCACAGACAGGAAGGGCAGUUUGAAUGGACCGAUGGCUCAUCCUAUGACUACAGCUACUGGGAUGGGAGCCAGCCGGAUGACGGCAUCCAUGCAGACCCAGAAGAGGAAGACUGCGUGCAGAUAUGGUACCGGCCUACCAGCGCUCUGAGGUCAUGGAAUGAUAACACCUGCAGCCGGAAGUUCCCCUUUGUCUGCAAGAUCCCAUCUCUGACCAUUCAUUGAUCCAGCCAGGCUUG